GAUAAAUAGACAGAAAAAAUAGAUAGAUUAUUUGAUAAAUAUAUAUAGGCAUAAAUAUGAGUGUAUAUACGCGUGUAUACCUGCGUGUGUUGCUUAUUUUUAGAGUGAAUAUCGCGAAUUGCAAUGAGGAUAUACAAAAAACAUGAAACAUUUUCCACACACACAGAAAAAAAAAUCAUCAUUUUGUACAAGGAGAAAAAAACACAAGCGGUAAUACCCAACAAAUAUCUAAACGUUACUUUCCUGCUGACGUCACCACAUAGUUUUUUGUUCCUCAUUUCUCUCUCCUCCUACCCACCCAAAGCAAAAAAAAAAAAAAAAAAAAAAAAAGGAAAUGGAAAAGGGGAAAGACAAAGCGAUAUGGAAAUAGAAAAGAGUUAACUUGGAAACACAGUGUUGGGCAGGUUAUCCCUGACAAGCGAGGAGGUGGCUCAGUAGGCUGCCGGACUCCGUUGUGAGAGGACGGCUUCGUUAAGAGGUCCUCCCUGUACGCGCGCCUCCAGUUCCUCGUGUCAGCUGGUCGUUCAUUCGUCAGCGGCGCGACCCCGAAGAGGGUAGCAGAGGUGGAGCGCGAGGAGGAGGAGGAGGAAACGCACCGAGAAAGAGGAAGAGAAACAGUGGGAGAGAGAGAGAUAAAAGAAGAAAUAGAAGAAGAGGAAGGCCAUGUGUCUCUUUGUCUUCCCAAAAUAAAGGCAACUUCAACUUUUUCGUUUCGUGUGAAGAGGAGCCUUGUUGGUAAAGCAAACAGGUUUCUGAAUGAUUGGACUUUGUUCUUUCCUUUAAGUUUUUGAAAAAAGGAGAGAAAAAAAAAAAAGAGAAAGGGAGAAAGAAAGGCUGGAAAAAGGUGCUGUGGAUUCCAGUUGCUUAAAUCUCUAAUACUUUUUAGCUGCGUCUUGACAGUAAAUAAAAUACAGCAACAGCAAUAAUAAAAACGAUAAAAGACAUUUCCGUCAAUCACAGAAAUACAAAAGAAAACACUCUAUAAAAAAUACCGAUUGAAAAAGAGUUCAAAACCAAUUGAAACCCGAGCGAAACUAAACGAUUCCCAAUACAUAUCGCUCAAGUAAAAGACAAAAAAAAAAAAAGGUGGAAAAGUAGGGAAAAGUCGAAAAUAAAAGACUAAAAGGGUCGAAGUUGUUAUUGCUUGAGUCUCUCCCUCGUGGUCUGUCUCCUCAACUGUCAACUCUCCGAAUCUUCGCAUAUUUUGGGCUACUGUCGUGUUUGUGGUUAAUAAGAAGCGAUCUUAAGAGAGGAGGCCUUAUUUCUGACUAAGAAAGGUAUGGAAUAAUAGGAAUAGGUGAUCCAAAAGAUGAUAUAAUACAAGAAUUGAAAAAAAAAAAUUGUGUGCGUGAAAGUGACUUUUUGAACGUGUAGUGAAGGUAAGGGAUAUGGUGAAUGGUUUAUAAUGGACGCCGGAUUGUCACUAAAUAACAUGAUACGAUAACAGGAAUAAUAAGAACUAGACAUUUGUGAAAGACUUAAGAUGUAAAAAGAAAGAGAGAGAACAAUACUCAAAUAAUGAAACAUUCUAAACAAAACUAAAAAAAAAAACAUAACCAAUUGAAAACAUCAGAUUGAUCACCCCUUUUCAUAACAUUUAUUCCCGAAACGCAAACAGCAAAUGGGUGAUGUAAAUAUUAGUACCGUAAAUUCCAAACAAAACCAGUGUAGAGAGCACAGCAGACGCCACACUUCAACGACAAUCAUUUGUUUAUUUACACAGCCUUCUAUCGUGACCUUUUGAUAGAUUGGGUGCUGACUCCACUGCAGGUUUAUAGAGGAAAACAGGUCACUGCCCGUUAACCUUUGCUCGAAGCUGUUAAAGAUAGGAUAUGAAACAUUAAUACAUUAAAUCAAACUGUCGGAAAUCUACCAUAUCUCUUUUGGAAAUUUGGAAAAAUGGAAUAUUGAUUAAAACCUGUGGAAAAGCAGAUAUAUUAGUUGAAGUUGAGAGCGAAUUACAGAAUUCGAUUGUGAAAAUGUAUGAAAGGUGGGGUAUUGACUAAAACUGUUGGAAAUCAAGUAUUUCAAUUGCAAUUCUCAGACUUAUAUUUAAAAAAAAAUAUCCUUUUGAAACUCAUGGAAAGUGGGAUGUUGAUUAAACCUUGCAAAAUAAAAAUAUAUUACUCGAUUCUUUGAAGAUUUAUAUACAUCUCCUUUUGAACUCUUGGAAAGAAAGAUUACCUGGAAUUCCCGGAAAAUUAUAUGUAUAUUUGAAAUUGUCUGGGAAUCUGAUAUAUCUUUUGAAACAAAGAAAAUGCAAUCCUAUUUGAAUAUUAAAUUACAGAAUAUUAAAAGCAGUUAGACUUAAAAGAAUAUUCAUAGCUAUUAAAACUGUGAAGAGCAUACGUGUACAGCGUUGUUGCAAGUAAAAAACAUUACAUGUAAUUUGAGAAAUAAACAAAUAAAAUGUUAUAUGACAUUUUUGGAAAUAUAUACACAUGGCAUAAAGUUGUUGAAAUAGAGACAUAAUCUGAAAUUGUUAGUAAUAAUCAAAAAAUAUUAGUAAAAAAAAAAAAUCUGAUAUGUCAACUCUGGUGCAAAAUAAAUGCGAGGGAAAUAUAUACGCUGAAUAAAAGAAAGUACUGUGUAAAUAUAAUCUAAAAUAAAAAGAACGAUAAAAAAAAAGGUCAAUGAAAUAAUCCAAUUUGGAAAAAAAAUCAUGAACCCUGAGCAAAGAUAACAAACUAAAAAAAAGGUUAAUAAUAAGCCACAACAACAGAAAAAAAACGAAAACAACAGAUAAAAUUACAACAAAGAGCACAAACGCCAGCAGUAAAGCAAAAACAACAACAAAAAACAACAACAAACACAACAAGAACAACAACAACGAGCCACCAUGGCUCCCCUCAUCAACCCAGAAGACGCGAUCGGGGUCCUGGGGACAAACCACGCCCCGCCCUCGCCCAACGCGACCUUCGACCUCAACGGCAUCCUGCUGGAGGACAACAUCGAGGGCUCCCCGACGGAGGACUACGACUAUGACCCCAGCGAGUCCCACAACAUCUUCUUCUGGGAUGAGUUGCUGCCGCCCCUCAUCGUCUUCACGCUCACCCUCCUACUGGGCAUCCUGGGGAACAGCCUCAUCAUCUACACGAUCUGCAGAUAUAACAGGAUGAAAAGCACAACAAACGUCUUCUUGGCUUCCCUUGCGUCAGCUGACCUGCUACUCAUCCUCAUCUGCGUUCCUGUGAAGACCGCCAAAGUAUUUGCAUAUACGUGGACCUUCGGCUGGUUCCUGUGCAAGGGCAUUCACUACCUGCAGAAUGUCUCGGCCAUUUGCUCCGUCCUCACUCUCACCGCGAUGAGCAUGGAAAGAUAUUACGCCAUCCUGUUUCCGUUCCAAUCGAAGUACAUCCUGACCAUCCGGCAGGCGCAGCGGAUGACCGGCCUCGUCUGGUUCCUCUCUGUCAUCCUCUCUGUCCCCAUCCUCUUCGCGCAGGUCCACACCCAGGUAGGCGAGCGCAUCGUCUCUUACUGGUGUCACCGCGACUGGGAUAACGUGUUCCUGUGGCGAGCCUACGAACUCUACAUGCUUCUCGUUGUGCUGGUGAUUCCUACGCUGGUUAUGGGCUUCGCUUACACGGCCAUCGGCUACAAGCUCACCAAGGUUAUGAUCGAGAGGACGUCACUCGUCGGCUCGGGACAUAUGGUCUCGAGCAGAAGCCGAGAUGACGACCGGGAUGUUCGCCAGAUAGUGACGAUGUUGAUAGUGGUUGUGGUGCUGUUCAUCAUCUGCUGGGCGCCGCUUCUCAUCACCAACGUCUUAAAAUCGUGGAAGAUAAUGCCCCUCUUUGUGCCACACCCGUUUUACAAGCAUCUGUUCAACGCUGUUCAUCUUCUGGCUUACUUCAACAGCUGCAUCAACCCAAUCGUCUACGGGUUCUUGUCCAAAAAUUUCCGCGAGAGUUUCUACGCAGCGCUGUGCCCGUGUCUGCGGCCCGUGCGACCACCGCUGCGCCAGAUGUCGCUCUCGCACACGAGAACCACCUCCGUCGGGUAUAAAGAGAGCAUCAGACUCAGCGUAAGGCAUGCUAACCGAGCCACCAACGUGUGAAGUGUUGGUCAGGAUCGGCAUUUUUAGGGGGAAUUUUCGUCGUGGGUGUGUAUGGUAAGAGAUUGUUCGUUAAGUCGCUCGUUAAGAAGUAUUUAGAGGGAUUUUGAUUAAUCAGUAUUUAGAUAGUAUUUUAGAUCGAUUUAGAUGAGGUGUUUCGAGGAAUUUUUUAAAAAGAAAUGUACGAUUUUUAUUCUAGAGUGAGGAUAUUGUUUGGAAAACUGAUUAUGAAAAACGAAAACAAAAAAAAAUCAUAAAACGGGAGAUUUCUUAUUUUCUAAUGUCAGGAAAAGCUUUGACAAGGAUUUGAGUGCAUUGACAGAGAAAAUAAUCUGGAAAGAAGUGAAAGCAAAAAAGAGAUCAGUAAGCCAUAAGUGAGAAAACAUAAGGAAAGACGAAGAGCAGAAAGCUAAAGAGAGAGAGCGAGAGAGAGAAAACCAUGAGACCACCAAAGAGUCGUAGACCACCAAAGAGUCGUCCUUCCAGGCUCCACGAAGCCAAGUUAGGACUUUUGAGGCGAUUCCCUUGAGGGGGAGAUGACCUUCCGAGGACAAUCAAGGGAACCCAACCUUCAAAGAACUAACCAGGACGAAGGACUAACCAGCACGAUGGACUUACCAGGGCAAAGGACUAACCAGGACACGUGGACGACCUUCCCAAUGGGGCAUCACAGUGUUUCCCAAUCGAGGGGGUGUCGGGGAGAACCCUCAGGGGAGCGAGACCCUUUCGGACGAAGGUGUUCCUUGUGAGGAAGACCUGGGCCAAGAAGGGCGUUUGCUGUGUGACUGGCGUGUGUUAACGUGUCCUUCGGUGUAUGGGACGCACCUUUGUCAGGGACCUGUUUCCUACUACGAAAGCAUAUGAGUAGAAACGAAGAUGAUGAAUAUUUUAGAACGGAGAGAUUUAGAAUGUGUACAUAAAUGUUACGCUUUUUAUUUAUUAUUGUUAUUUUUUUAUAGGACUAGAUGAAUUUGAGAACCCUAUUCCGGGGUAAAGAGUGCGUCUAAUACACCGAAAAAAGACAAGUGACUGGGGAGGAAGAAAUGCUGAUUGAUUAUUUGCCAGAACAAUUAUGCUAAUGAUCAUCAUUAUACUUUCUGAGUGAAGGUUAUUGAAAGGUUUUAUACAGUCUGUUAAAAGAUAAUGUAACUUUUCAUAUCUAAUUACUGUUUGAAAAAAAACGGAGAGAGAGGAAAAAAUCAACACGACUGCAAAUUUAUACAGGAAAAUGUCUCUUGUUUAAACAAAACUAACAAAGUUGUGAUAAUGUACUUGUAUGUAAUAUCAUUUGAAUAUCAUUAUAAUGCGGUGAUUACAUUUACGAUUCAACAGAAACAGCAGGAGAUAUUCUAACCAACAAUUGACUAUAAAUGAUGGCUUAUCUUCUUAUAUCUUAUGUUGUAUGUGACGAUUACUUUAUGGUGACAGUAAGACAAUGCUGACGAAAGAGAUCCUAAAGAAAUUUUAAUGACGUUUAUGCCUAUGUAAUGGAAUAAAGCGAAAUAGAAUUCUGAAAGUUGUUUAAUGACUAUCACAUUUUGGGUAUUUUUUUAGUUUUUUUUAUUAACUUUAAAAAUAUUUUGCACUGAAGAAAGAAAAAUAAAUGAAGUGAUAAACCCAUAAAUAGAGAAGAUAAUGUACCAUAAUACCCUUCCUAACUCUGCCUCAGAUGAAUGAGUGCUAUUGCAAAGGGAACUGAGGGAUUCCCAAUAAAGUUCCCUAUUGCCAGAUAUCUAAUAUAAAUCGCAUAUCAUCCAUGUAUAGCUGUUAUCCCUAUGUAUGUCUAAAUAAGAGUCUUCAACUUAUGUGCGCUAUUUGUUCAUCUCGAAUAAGUGUAUGUACCUUCGUGUUCAUUAAUAAACUUGAUAAACAGAGAUAUCAAACCCGAUCCAGCCCACUUUUACGAAGGUGAGGAUCAAAGGUAACCUUUUUAAGAAUAUUCUUGUUAAAUAUAAUAUCAAAGACCGAUUUUUCACAUUCCAUGGAUGUAAUUCGUAGUAAAAACAAACAUGCUGACUGAAUUAAGAUGCCAAAUAUUGUUAUAUACGUUAGUCUUAAAUGUAAUAGAUUUCCCAAAUAAGCUAAAUGUGAUGGCCACCUUGAAUGUCCAUAUGUGUAUAUUAGGUUACUUAUGUGUAUAUAAGUAGAGUAGAAGAUAUUUAAAUUUCUCAGUAUGAUGUUUGUCUUAUUGGAAUCAAAUUAUGGUAUAUGAAAUAUAUUUUUAAGGGAGAAAAGAAACGAAAUUAAUUAAAACAUUAGUAUAAUAAUGAUUGGAGUGUGUGUGUGCGUGUGUGUAUGUGUGUGUAUGUGUGUGUGUGUGUGUAUGUGUGUGUGUGUGUGUGUGUGUGUGUGUGUGUGUGUGUGUGUGUGUGUGUGUGUGUGUGUGUGUGUGUGUGUGUGUGUGUGUACGUACAUCUCUAUAUAUUUAUGUGUAGUUGUGCAAGCGGCAGAUGAAUGCGCAACGUGAAACUGCUUCCCUUAACUGUGUUGCCCUACUUUUUACUGAUAAUUUUGCAUUGCUUGUAGACAAUCCAAAAGUGAAUUAGGAAUUUCUCUGCACUAAUAAUUUCACAUGUAUCUUAUCAGGGUUUGAAUUUGCAGUGUUACCUUUAUACAGAAGCUUUCAAAAUAUGAGAAAAAGUUGCUGUUACUAUUAUUAGCAUUAUUGUUUAUAUUAGCAUUCAGUUUAUUGUACUUAUUUCUAUCAGUGUCAUCAUUAUUACUAUUAUCAUAAUAACUACCAUUAUUUUAUCAUAAUCAUAGGGACUUUUAUGAUUAUCACAAAUGUGUAUCUUUGCGCCUCUAUCACUUUUAUCUGUUUCCAUCUUUCUUAACUGUUUUUACCAAAAUACACCGUCUUUGAAAUGAAAAGCAUUACUUACUUUUCAUAAUACCCUUUUCUAAUAAGUUUUAAGGUGUAUGGUUUAAUAUACGCAGCGUAUAUUUUGAAUGGACAUGUGUCAGUAUUUACUAGUUCCAAGACGCUUUGCAGAAUUCAUUUAUGGAUGUGUUAUUUGAAAUAUAAAGUGUAAA